AGAGCAACAAGUGGCGUUUAUGACAUUCAAACGACAAGAUAGGCGCGUGGUGUUCUGUUAAUUCCGUUGGUUUCUUAAGCCAACGUUGCUCUUGUUCUGCCUACACUUAAGCUUUAGUUGCUUUUUUCUCCCCUCAAAUUCUUUCGAUUCUCAAUUGAAAAAAAAAAAAAAGAAAAACAUUGUCAUGAUCAGCACUUUUACAAAAGUCUCUCCUUUAUUGGUUAGAUUGGCUUGUUUAUAGUUUCUGGGGUCUGAUUUUAGUUUCGCAUGAAGUUGUAAAUACAUGAGAUUUUAGAUUCUUUUCUUGUUAUUCCGAUUGAAAACAGAGAAUUCGAUUCAAAAUGGCUUUCUGACAUAUGGGUGCUUUGGUUUUUGAUGAAUGAAAGCGAAAGUAGCUCCUCGCCCUUAAACUUAGGCAUAUAAUUUGGGAUGCAGGAGACGCAGAACCAGACAUUGGAGGAAGGGAUCAAGCUCCAAAGUAUUGGGAUCAUUGAGAUCAAGAAUUAUUUAGAGUCUCAUUUUAUUAAUCGGUUUGGAUGAAUGAUAGUUUUCGUAGAUGAAACAUGCCAAUUUUGAUCCAGGGGUAUGCGAAAAGAUGAAGAAAAGAAGAUCCUUCAAUUCAUAAUUAAAGUCGUGCAAAGGUGAAUUUUUGUUUUGAUCACAAUGGAGGCACCAGCAACUGAGCAGCCAAGUGUUCCUGCUCGUAGGAAAAAGAUGACCAAACAGUUAACAGGAAAACGUGAUGAUACGCCUCUACAUUCUGCAGCAAGAGCUGGAAAUCUUGCUGUGGUGAUAGAAAUCCUUACAGGUACUGGGGAGGAUGAACUGAAGGAGCUGUUGGCUAAACAGAACCAAUCUGGUGAAACUGCCCUUUAUGUUGCCGCCGAAUAUGGUUAUGUUGAUUUGGUUAAGGAGAUGAUUAACUAUUACGAUCUUGCUGAUGCCGGGAUCAAAGCUAGAAAUGGGUUUGACGCAUUACACAUUGCUGCUAAACAAGGAGAUUUAGAUGUAUUAAAAGUGCUACUGGCGGUCCAUCCAGAAUUAGCUAUGACCGUUGAUUUAUCAAACACCACGGCUUUGCACACGGCUGCAACACUGGGCCACGUAGAAAUUGUGAAAUUUUUAUUGGAGGCUGGUAGUAGCCUGGCUACAAUAGCAAGGAGUAAUGGUAAAACACCAUUACAUUCUGCAGCAAGAAAUGGGCAUCUGGAGGUUGUAAAGGCACUUUUGGUUAGUGAACCUGGGAUUGCACCAAGGACUGAUAAGAAAGGGCAAACUGCACUUCACAUGGCAGUGAAGGGUCAGAAUCUUGAAGUGGUGAAGGAAUUGAUCAGGGUCAAUCCUUCAUUGAUGAUAAACGUGGUUGAUACCAAGGGAAACACAACCUUGCAUAUAGCUACGCGGAAGGGAAGAGCUCAGAUUGUUAAGUUGCUACUUGGAUACAAAGAAACCGACACAAAAGCUGUUAACAGAAGCGGUGAAACUGCCUUUGACACUGCUGAGAAAACUGGGCACCCUGAGGUUGCAACUAUUCUGCAGCAGCAUGGAGUUCAAAGUGCUCGAAUCAUCAAGCCUGCAGCAUCAAAUUCAGCCCGUGAGUUAAAACAAACUGUGAGUGAUAUAAAGCAUAAAGUGCACAAUCAACUAGAACACAGCCGCCAAACUAGAAAGCGUGUGCAAGGCAUUGCUAAAAGACUCAACAAAAUGCAUGCUGAAGGUCUUAACAAUGCCAUAAACUCCACCACUGUUGUUGCUGUCCUAAUUGCUACGGUUGCCUUUGCUGCCAUUUUCACUGUCCCUGGCCAAUAUGUCGAUGACCCGGAUAAUAUUCCUCCUGGUGACUCCCUUGGGGAAGCAAAUAUAGCUCCAAAGCCUGCCUUUAUAAUAUUCUUCAUCUUUGAUUCCGUUGCCCUCUUCAUUUCUCUGGCAGUUGUGGUGGUUCAGACCUCAGUUGUAGUCAUUGAGAGCAAGGCAAAGAAGCAGAUGAUGGCAAUUAUCAACAAGUUAAUGUGGUUGGCUUGCGUGCUUAUUUCAGUAGCAUUCUUAGCCUUGUCAUUUGUUGUAGUUGGCAAAGAGGAAAGAUGGCUUGCAAUUGGAGUGACAAUUAUUGGAACAAGCAUAUUGGCCACAACUUUAGGCACCAUGUGUUAUUGGGUGAUUAGGCAUCGGAUUGAGGCUUCAAACAUGAAAAGUAUACGAAGAUCAUCAAUGGGGAGCAGGUCACGCUCCUUCUCACUGUCUGUGAUGUCAGAUUCUGAAAUUCUAAACAAUGAGUAUAAGAAAAUGUAUGCCAUUUAAUAAGACUCACGCCAUCGCUAGCUCCCUUUUUCCCAGAUGGCAUUACGGAUCUUUUGUCCUUUGAUGAUUAAUUACUAAAAUGUAAAUUUCAAGCUGAUCCUAGUUUUUCUUUUCUCAUUCUCAAGAUUUUGGUUAUUCUUGGGCAAGAACAAGCGAAGACUAGUUGUUCUCAAAGGCAAAUUUAUGAGCGAGAAACUUCUAAGGGCAAUGACAGCUAUGCUACAGGGAAAGGGGUUAUUCAAAUGAGAUGGAUGAACCAAUUGGACUGAGACCACUUUUUUUUUUUCUCUUGUUUCCUUUCUCCUCUUUGGACGCAGAUCUUAAUCAUUGGUAAAGAAUCUGAAGAAGAAAGCAUACGCCAUUGAGUGAUGAGAAGCAGAGUUGGACCCCAUGCAAUAAUGCAAAUGAACAAAACGGAGCAUUUACCACAAGACUUUCCCUGCUGACUGAAAAUUAUUAGAGAACAAAUAUCCGUACAUCGACCUUCUGGUGGAAACCACAAGAAAAUGUGGACAAAUUUUGAUGUUUGAAAAAUAUGGGAAAUUGAUGACUUGGGAUGGCAAACCCACCCAUAACCGGUGGGUUUUGAUUCGAUCGUAUUGUUUAAGAUCGAUUUUUUUUUUAAAUCAAA